AUGACUGCUUCCGGGUCAUCACUCCUCGCGGCUGCAACCAAGUCGCUGCUACAAGCUACAAGUAUUUGUUCGAAUUCCAAAACAAUGGGUGAUAUUCAAUAUUGGGAUGACACUCUUACAGAAGAGAUUUCAUCGAUUCAGCAAGUUUUGGACAGUGUUCCAUCGCUUUCCGACCCAGUGGAGAGGGCAUCUGCCCUAGAUCAAGCUGAAGAGCGCUUAAAGGGUGCCCAAGGAACCAAGCGAUCUUUCAAAAUGGAAACACGUUUGGUACAGGAUGUUAAACAACGCCGGAAACUUGAGAAGCGAUUGCAAAAACUUGACCAGCAGUUACGGGCACUUAAAGCCGAUCUAAAGGCUUUGCAAGCUGAAGAAGGUCGAGGCCAACUUUUUGUAGGAGCUGGCGGCGGCGGAGGUCAAGACGCAGAUGAAGAUCCAGCCAAAGCUGGGACCAACAUGUUAAAUGAAGCAAAAGCUCUGCAGGACAAGACUCAAGACUCCUUGGCAAAUACUAAAAAUCUGAUUGCUCAAUCGAAAGAAGUUGGUGUCUCAACAUUAGAAGAGCUUCAGCGGCAACGCGAGGUUAUCGAAAAUAUCGACAAGGAGGCGGAUCGAAUGGAUGAUAACUUGGCUCGUUCUCAGGCUCUGCUGAAGCAAUUCGGGAAAAGGAUGGCUACUGACAAGUUUAUCCAGUGCUUCGCUGUGAUCAACUGCUUGCUUUUGCUCGGCGUUGUGAUUUACGUGCUAUUUCUGAAGAAAGAUGAUGAUGAAAAUGAUGCUGCUCCUUCGAACCCAUUUGGUCGCAUGCUCCGACAUCAGAUUUAG